AUGUCAGACCAUAUCCCUGACCAUGUGCUUGUCAACGUGCUUUUGAGGUUACCAUUUGAUUCUCUAAUUCGCUCCCGGCUCUUGCAAUGGCCUUCUUUGUUUGCUAACUUCAGAGUCGGACAUUUUCUUGUGGAAUCCAAUCCAUGGACUCAAAAGCACCGUAAAUUACCCUCUCCUCCUUAUGAAAAUUUGAUUGGUUGUAGAGUCAAUUUUCGUCUGGGAUUUGGGUUUGACCCUGUUAAUGAUGCCUACAAAGUGGUUGCUUUCAUGAAAUGUUGGAGUAUUUUCGACCAAGAUUGGUCAACUCCGACGAGUCAUGAGGUUUAUGUUUAUAGCUCAAAGCUUAAUUCAUGGAAAAAAAUAGGUGAUUUUCCAUUUGAGAAUCCUUUUCGGGAACCCAUGGAUGGACUUCUUGUUAAUGGUGCAUUACACUGGUUUUACUGUGUAGGCUACAUUCUUGCCUUUGAUCUUAGCAGCGAAGAAUUUCGCAUGAUGCCUUGCCCUUACUUGGAAGGUCGUCGGGAUUAUGAUUUGUGGGUCCUGAAUGGUUGCAUUUGCUUGGUUUCCUACUUCUUUGCCCAUGAUCAUCGGAGAUGUGCUUAUAUUUCACUGAUGGAGGAUUACAGAAUUGAUGAAUCACGUCGGAAUCUAUUAACUUUCCUAAAAUUCCCUUUUGAUGAGCAGAUAUUAUGGCACCACAUAAAGCCAGUAACAUGUUCAAGGAACAAAAAGCAAUUACUUUUGGAGGUUAAUAGCAGGAAGCUUGUGCUUUAUGACAGUGAAAAAAAUUCCUUCGUUGAUAUUGCAGACAAGAGUGGUUUAGAUUUACAUGUGAACCAUUAUGAAUUCACAAACCUAACUACAUGUGUUUGUCUAGAAAGCCUUGUUAGGCCUUUUUAA